GUAUCGCUCUGUUCGUGCUAGUCGGUCACAGGUGUUUGAUGUUGCCUCGUGUUUCACAUAUUUAAGAUAAUUGCGUUGCCAUUUUACAGCGUGAAUUCGUCGACCGUGCGUGUGCGAUUUGAAAAGCUUCAGAUGUGUGAGGGACCUUCAUCAAUAUCUGGGCCAAUUCCCCCUGAUCCCUCUCUGUUUCCUCAAAAUGACCAACGUCCUGCCACAGCUCGUGGUCGUUUAGAAGGAAACCAUGGGGGGACUUUGGCUCUUCUCUCAGGGCCUCUUGCUCCAGACCCCGUGUUGUAUCCGGGCAGCUACAGCGCCCGCACCCCAGCACAUCCUCCCCGUGUCAGGCCUAAUGCCACUCAUAUUCUGGAACGAGGACAAAGAGGGGUGAUAGGGCAACUACUCAAACUAGAUGGUGUUUCAGUUUCCCCUGUUCCUAAACAGAAGCAGAGAGUGCAUGAUUUUUGCAAAGAGAAUGUGCGUCGUCUUCGAGAAAUCCAGAGACGCUGCAAAGAGCAGGAGGCUGUGAGAGCACAGUCCCAUCCCGUCCCAGUCAAAGCUCUCUGGACGUCCUCCAAAUACGAGAACGUCCCAUCAAAGGUCGUGGUCCAGCUACAGAUUUCUAGUCCAACCACUAAACCACAGUGUCAAAAUUAUCUGAAGGCCCACUCUUCUGCUCCACCAAGACCUCGCUCCAAAACGUCUUCUGCAGCGCUGCGGCGCUCUUCGUCCUGCAUCGAUACACGUGACCAGGAUUUGCAAUUACAGGUGGAAGGUCAGACCAUCGACUUCAUUAGACAUAAUGCCAAGAGUGCAGCUUUAACUGUGCUGCGUCGGUCCCAGUCACUGACAAACCUCAAAAAUAUGCCUGUUCCCAGUGCAGUCAAGGGACAGGUGCCUCAGUAUCUUGAGGAAAGGAAGGAACAAUGGCGAAGAGAGGAGGAGGAAAGGAGGAGGAACACACCUGAUCCUAGAACCCCAGCUGGUCACACACUGAUGCCUGAGAGCGAGAGGCAGGAGACACUGAAAUCCCUCAAAGAGACCCAUCGCUCCCUGGUGGAUGAGCUGCUCUCUCUUCCUCUCAAAGCCGACAAUCUGAGUGUUCGCUCACGAAGAGCUCACCUUGACUGUAGGCUUUCUGAAAUCGAGGAGGCCAUUAAGAUAUUCUCAAGGGACAAAGUUUAUGUAAAAAUAGAUUCAUAACACACACAGAGGAAGAAGAGGGAAGGAAGAGGAAGAGAUGAGUGUUUUCUCUAGUUCAUAGAUGCAUUAUGAAAACACAACACUAAAGCUUGAAAUACAUGGUUUUAAAAAGUUUCAUUUUGUAAAACAGUAUUAAAAAGGGUUGUAAUUAUAAACACAGAGUUUACUGAAUAUUGUUCAGAUUACAUGUUACAGGCAUUUUAAUUUACAAAGGUAGAUGCUUUGUUUUUAAGGUCCUUCAAUAUUAGUCACAGAAAUGUGAUUAUUUGACCUGACAUUUUUAAUUGAAACUCGCCAUGUUUUUACAGUUUUUGUCAAUUUUGUGAAUUUUUCAGAUCAGAAUUUAAAUUUGUAAUACUACAACCUCCAUAUCAUUCCGUCACAUGUGCACAUGUUAUAAAUGCUUUAGCACAUUCAUGCAAACAUUUCUCUACUAUUGUCUGCUGUUUCCUACAUUAUCAGUUGUUUAUGUUGAUGUAACUGUGAUACACUGGUUACCACCCCAUAACAUCUAGGCUUUAUCUAGAAUUGUACCAUAAUGUAAUAAUCCAUCAGGCAUUAUUUACUCUCUAUACUAUACUAUACAUACCCCGCCUAUCGCCCGAUGUAGCUGAGAUUGG